AGUUUAUUUGGUGCCCCUGCUAACGGGGUAUGAGUUGGGUUGGUGGUGGUGUAUGUGUUCCCCAUACUGACGGUGGCUUGCAGGAUUGGAGGCGGCGGCGGUAUCUUAGUGGCCAUGCUUUACACCGCCGUUGCUGAUGUCGUCCCGGCCGCCGAGCGGGCUACCGUCUUCUUCCAGCUCACCGCCUUCUUCCUCACCUCCGAGAUGGUUGCUGGCCCCAUUGGGGGCGCCAUGCUAACCUGGGACCCCUGGCUCCCGCUCCUUGUCGCCCUGGCUCUCCUCAUCGUCGGGAACCUCAGCUAUUUUGUGUUUCCUGAGACGCUCCACGUCCAUCAUCGGAAGGCGACGGGAGAGGCCCAAGACGCCGACGGAGAGGGCGCCUCGGGUGCGGCAAAACUAUGGCGGAAAGCCCGUAACGGCCUCGCUGAGGUUUGGGAUUUCGUGCUCGGCAACCAGAAGCUGGCCUUCCUAAUGAUGUCCCUCGUCUUUGUCGUCCUGGGCCGCUUCGUGGGCGAGAUCUUGCUGCAGUACGCGACGGACCGCUACCACUGGAGCUGGAGCUUCGCGUCCAUGGUCCUCGCGAUCCGCAACGCGGGGAGCUUGGUGACGCUCCUUGUCCUGCUGCCCGUCGCUAGCUGGCUCUGUACACAGCGCCUCGGCAUGGCCAGCGUUGCCAAAGAUCUCUGGCUGGCGCGGUGGUCCGCCGUCAUCAUGAUCGUGGGGUGUUUGCUCAUCGCCGCGGCGGGGAAUGGAGUGCUCUUCUCGAUGGGGCUCGUGUGGUUUGCUCUUGGCUCGGGUAUCAUCUCGCUGAUCCGCUCACUUCUCAACGCGCUCGUCGAAGAGCAUCAUGUCGGCACCGUCAACGCGCUCGUCAGCUUCAUGGACAACAUCGGUCUCACCGCGGCUGGCCCGUUGUUGGCCAAGAGCCUAAGCAUCGGACUAAAUCUUGGCGGGGCUUGGAUAGGCCUGCCGUUUCUUUUUGCCGCCUUGAUGUUCUCCUUCUCAAGCGCGAUAUUGUGGACUUUCAGGCUGCCGAACGGACGGUCGACAACGGUUGAGCCUCCUUGCUGAGGCGAGGAGCGUCAUACAACAACAGCACGCAAGAAUCCCGGCAGUUGCCGCGUUGCAGAAGUCUGUCUCCCGGGGAAGCGGCAGCCAUGGCCCUUCUCCCCUCUUCAACCGAAGAGGGUGGUGGUUUUCAGGACUGGUCUGACCCGGGGACCCUCUUCUGUG